AUGGCGGUCCAGUUUGAUGAGCCAGAUGAAACCAGGGCCCAGAGAUUACAAACACCUUUUCCGAAAUCGCCCAGCCAUGGGCCUUAUCCCUUUCCCUUGGCCUUUCUACAUCUUACUCACCUCCUUGUGGAUGGUGCUGGGUCAGCUCAGUCCUGCAGCCAGGGACCAAUCGCUCUGUUUCCUCUUUGUGGGUCCACAGGUGAGAUCGCAGGAGCUGGUGCCGCCAGUAUCAUGUCUGCCCUGGCGGAUAAGGCCAUCGUGAAGAAGGAACUACUGCGCGUUGUGGCCGGGAGGGACAGGUACCGGGUCAAUAACAAGCACGAUGACAAGUACCCACCACUACCUCCCAGCAAGAUCAUCCAGCGGGCCGAGGAACUGGUGGGCCAGGAGGUGCUCUACAAGCUGACCAGCGAGAACUGCGAGCACUUUGUGAAUGAGCUGCGCUACGGAAUCCCCCGCAGUGACCAGGUCAGAGAGGCAGCCGUUAAACUUGGCGUUGCAAGCGUGGGCUUCGCAGCCUUGGGCCUCAUUGGAACCAUGUUCAUCAGAAACAAGAGGCAAAAGCAAUAAUCCGAAGAGAUGCAGCAGUGCCUUUCUAAGUGAUUAGGAUCUCCUUUUGCUAAAGGGAUUGGCUUUAUAGGUGCGGCCUAUGGCUUUCAUUCUGUGUUAGAGUGAGACUAAUUUUCACGAAAUAAAAUAAAGCACAAUA